AUGGGCAACUGCUUGUUCGGAGGCUUGGGAGAAGCUGAUGGAGUGAUCAAAGUCAUAACUUCAAACGGCGGCGUUAUGGAGUUUUCACCUCCGAUAAUAGCCGGAACCAUCACAGAUGAGUUCCCCGGCCACGCCAUUUUCCGAACCCAAGAUCUCUUCUGGAAACCACUUUUUCACCACGAAGAACUCCUCCCCGGCGAAUCCUACUACUUACUUCCGCUCAACACCAAACAGGGUUCGGGUAACAGUGGUCAGAUUGUGCGAGAAGGCCAUGUGAGGUCGAACAGUAUCCCGGCAGCAUCGGCUGUUGCUCCGUACAGGAUGUCGUGCGAUUAUCAGGGGACUUUGAAGAGGUCUCAUACUGAUGUUUUGUCUAGGCACAACAACAACAACAGCAACAGUGGUUUUUGGAAAGUGAAGCUAGUGAUCACACCAGAGCAGCUGUUGGAGAUUUUGUCACAAGAAGCUCGUACUCAAGAAUUGAUCGAGAGUGUUAGAACUGUGGCCAAGUGUGGGAAUAGGAUCGAGGGAUCUGUUGGAUUUUCGGAUCAAUGGAGUCUGUCCAGCAGUAGGAAUGCUUCUUCAAACAAAGAUGGCUUCUUGUUAGACAUCUAG